AUGCGGCAGUGGCGUCGUAGCCGUCUGGACUGGGGAUCUUUGGGAGGCAUGGUACGCCUCGCCCACGCGCUUGCUUUGACGUGCUUUCUUCGUCAGUGUGGGGCUUUCCAUCCUGUGGGGGCACCCCCAAGCCCUGCCGUCUCCUCUUCUUUCCGACAGCCGUCGACUUUGACGACGUGUUGCGGUCGCGCCGCUUCCGCCACAUCUCCGAGACGGUUGGUCCCGUCGGCAAGCCUUGCUUGCCCCACCCCGCCCCAGGCGGCGCGUCUUCACAGCAGUAACAACCCCGGCGAUGCGUGCCGACCGGAAGGCCACCGGAAUCGACGGUAUCGGCGUCGGGACGAUGGCACGGAGUGGCGUUUGCGUCGAAGACCUUCGUUGACAUCGUUGUCCGCGGUUAGGGAGGGAACAAGUAGCAGCAGCAGUGCCCCAGCACCGGCGGGGCAAGACCAAUUAGAAGGAGAGGAGGUUGGGUGGGGGUUACCAGCAUCCAGAGAACCGGAGCCAGGCGGCUCGCGGGAAACCAAGAAUAAGGGGGGGGGGGAAGAGGGCGGCAAGCCGGUGCUCGAGAAGGCGGGGAACGCGUUGAAGGCCGCCUUCAACGCCUUCAUGGCGGCGAGCACGCUCGCGUCCCUCGUGCUGGCGGCGGAGGCCGUCUGGCAGCUGCACGGCGCGCCGCUCACGUUGUCGAACGCCGUCCCGACGCUGACGAAGCUUCUCCCCCUCACCGGCAUAGGCGUGUUCGGGGCGGCGCAGCUCGUGGGCCUGGUGGCGAGGGUCGUGAGGGUCAUCGUGACGCUGCCAGUCAUGGUCAGCGGCACGUGGGUCAUCCUGCAGAACGCUCCAAAGCAAACGCGAGGAAGAUGA